AUGGUUCAUGAAGAAUCGAUCGAUUCGAGCUCAUUAGCUGCUAUAUUAGCUGCCGAUUAUCCAUUAAUCGAUCCACCGUUGAUCUUAGCUCUUUUAUCAGAUUAUCAACCCAGAUCAAUAUCCUCUGAUGAUAUCGAAAAUAUAAAAGAUCAAUUAGGUAUAUUAGAAGCUACUUUAGUUCCUGAUUCUGAUAUCGAUAUCGAUAUCGACACUAUAACCGAUAUCAUCUCUGAAUCAAAUGAAAGUUUGAAUGAAAAUACCAGUGCUGGUAGCACGACUAGUGGGUUUAUCGAUGAGAUCUCAAAUAGAUUAGAAAGUUUACAUACUACCUCAAGUUCAAAUGAUCCUACCGCUUCUACUAGCAGUAGUAGAAGUAAAAAAAAUGGACAUGGAAAUGGAAGUAAAACAAGUAAUAAAAGUGAUAUCAGUGGUUCGAACGAUGAUGAUUAUGGAGAUGAAGGAGAAUUACUUAAGUCAUUGUUCCCUUCCAUCUCCGAAGAAGACUUAAAUUCAGCGUUGAGAUCCCAUACCACCCUCCAAGAAGCGAUAGAUUACCUACUUUCUUUAGAAUUGAUUCGAAAUGUAGAACAGGAAGGUCAUUGGCCAGAUGAAGAUGUGACAGUCGCAUCAGAACCUGAACUCGAACGAUGGGAGGAGUCCAAGAUCAAGAGUAAAAAAACAAAAACAAAAUCCACUUCAUCUUCUAGAACACCUUCUCAACCACCUUCGAAAGAAUCAUCCCCUCUAGCAUUAUCCACUCCCAGAUUUGACAAUAUCGCACUCACACCUUUAAACCACUCACGUUUGUCCACUUCGGAUAAUUCAGCAUCACCAUCAUUAUCAAUGCCAACGAAAAAGAAGAAGAAAGAUAAAAUCAUAAUACCCUUGGUCGAUACUUUACAACGUAAAGCUUCACCAGCACCUUCCAGACCCACUUCUCGUUCAACUUCCAAAUCUCGUACUAUCCAAGCAGGAAGUAGAUCUUCUUCACCUGCUCGUAUCUCGACUUCAGGCCCAUCAAAUAAUGCUUGGCAUACAGUCACGUCACUCUCAUCAUACUUGUCAGAUUUGUUACCCCUACCAUCAAACUACUUUUUAUCUUAUCUUCAUUCACCAGAAUAUCAUUCUGCCUAUUCAGCCAUCUUAGCGUCUCUAGCUAAACUACCUUCUUCAACGAAAAGGGAUGUAAACGCAUCUAGGAGGAUACUGGAGGAUUUAUACGGUUUAACACUUUCUAUUAGCGGUGAAUCAGAUGGAAACGGACUUGGAAAAAGAGAAAUUGAAAGAGAUUUGGAAAUUUGCGUUCAUGCCGCAGGGGAAGAUGUGGCUACUGUCAUGGAUCUAAUGGAUCUUUUAGGUGAAAUUUCAGAAUGGCCAAGUGAUGAUGAUUUCUUUGAUGCUAAACCUGAUUACACAAUCAACCAUAAUCAUCUUAAUCACAUACUAAAACCAGAAACGAUAUCGAUCAACCUACACCCUAUACAAGCGAUUGAUAUGACACGAUCAUCCUCUGCUACAUCUACCAAAUCGCUUGAUGAACCUCCCAAAUCAACGUCCAAUCUGCCAGGUAAAAUGACUCGUCCCGAGAAGAAAGUGAAAGCUGUAUUACAACAAGAAGAGCAUUUAUCAGGAGGUGCAAUAAGGGAAGCACGUAUAAGGAAUGUACCUGGAUCCAAACCAUCUAUAACAUCUAUAAGCCACCCAACCGCAUUAGAUUCUUUCGGUACGACUUCACCAGCUCCAUCUUCACCUCAACUAGGUCCCAAAAACUUGAAACAGAUUCAUCCACAGAACUGGAGAACUGUUUCACACGCAAGACCAAACAAACCAAGAAGAGAUGGAGGUGAAAGAAGAUUGACGGUUGAACAAUGUAUGGCCAAUGCACAACUUGAACGGGCUAGAAGAGAAAUCGCUAUAAGAGCCGCUGGAAGGAAUUUCAAGACUAACACAAAUGGUAUAGCAGGUGGUGGUAGAGCAGUCAAAGGUGCCGUGGCUGGACAUUAUGCUACUCAAGCUAGAGAAGCUGCUGAAAGAGCAAGAGAAUGGGAAUUGAAAGCUGCAAGAUUAGUUGUGACUUCUCAUCUUCAAGCUCAAAAUAACCCCGCCACGAACGGUACAAAUCACAAUCACAAUCAUACUCAUUCUCAUUCUCGAGAUCAAGGACAACAUGGUAGUGGAAGUGGAGGAACGAAAACAAUCGAUUUACAUCAUUUGACAAUCCAGGAAGCUACGACUGUAGUGGAUGAGAUAGCUGAAAAUUGGUGGAAAUCAGAAAAGGAAACAAGGUCUGAGAGAUGGAGAAAACAAGAUGAAGGGAAGUUAAUUGUCAUUACGGGUGUAGGAAGACAUUCCGCCAAUGGCAAAGGCGUGUUAGGUCCGGCUGUAGCUUCACAUCUUGAAUAUCAAGAUUGGAGGGUUGAUAGAGGUGACAGUGAAAGAGGUUAUCUGGUGAUUAGAGGGAAGAAAUGA